AUGAUACCCAAUUUCAGAGGAGAGGGCGGGCGUUUGGGUAUAGUACACAGAACCUCUUGUUACGGUAGAAGGAAAAACAAGCAGAAGGACUUCAGAAAUCAUCACCGACGGCACGCCUUCCAAGCCAUGUGUAUCAUGAGCGCUGACAAUCUUCACAGAAUGAAGCGGUGCGUCGAUCCGCAAAUGUGCUGUUUUCCUGGAGGCUGGACCGCACGAUCGGAUGAGAUUACAACAUGUCCAAAGCAAUUAAAAAAACUUUCAAAUCAGAACUUCAAAGAUUCGGGUCAAAGCAGAGGCGAAGAAUUGCAGCAACUGCGCAAACUUUCCUCUCGAAGCUUAUCGAACUGGACCUCAUCAGGCUCUACCGGUCCGGUGUCCAAGAUUGCAGCAAGACUUGAUGAGAAGCGGGGGGUUUCCGUUGCCUGUGACUCAGACGCAAAGCAGUAUUCUAUGCCCGGUUCUGCAAAUGCAAGAACUGUCGACGCAGCAGAGCUGUGGUUUUGCCAAGCCGAGGACCCAUACACAUACAUUGGAGGCAAACCGGACCAGAGUGCUGCUCACGUUAACUUACGGCUCAUCUUCAUCGAUACUGCGAGUAAUCGUGCUCUGUUGCUGUCUUCUUGCUCGUGGCUGGCCGAUGAUGUGUCUCUUGGAAAGGUCAAUUGGUCUUGUUGCAGAGAUGCAGCUCUUCGCAUUAUGUUUUGCAGUGCAGUGCGAUACAAAGUGCAUCUCAACUACAUCGUUCCUGCGGCCGUUGUAGAUGCACAUAGAGGAUAG